UCCUGUCUAACUGGAUACUAUUUGCAUGACUAUAAUCCAAAGAUAAAAUAUAACUUUACUUCACUGGGGCUCUUGGGAUUCUUGCCCAUUUACGUACAGUGCAGAAGUUGUAUCAGUCUUACGUUGACACUGUUAAAUGUCAGGAACUUCGUGAAAGCAGACACAUUUUUAACUGAAGCUCUCCCAGGCUAUGCGGGCCAGUGAGGCUGUGUGAGGUGAAAUUUGCUCCUGUUGGAACUUCUGCUGCUAAAAUACCAGCCAGAUCAGCAACUGCAACAUCAUGAGCAAGGAUACAAACUCCCUGUCUGUCAGAAGUAAAAGUGCAUCAGAAGAAACACUGUACCAUCAAAAUGAAGAAGAAAUGAUUCUCCAAGGAACAGACCAGUAUCGUGUUAGGAGGUUGUCCUGUCGUACCCUCCAGCUUCCUCCUUUGGCAUUUAGACAACUGGAGCAGGUAGACUGGGAGAAAAAGACUGAUCCAGAGAUGCCGCAGAGGCCCACCAACCUUCCACUGAGAGCUCUCCCUCUAAUUGCUAUUACUGCUGCUGACACCGUCAGGAUUGCAGCCUUCUCUAGAGAACUCAAAUCCAAAGGUGCUUUUUCAAGAAACAACUGGACUUUCUAGAUCACUAAGGAGUUGGAGAUGUGCUUUCUGCAGGAUGUUUUCUGCUCUGUGUCCCUUUCCUGUUGAACACAGUGUUGUGGAUGAGUCUGUCCUGUCUGUAUCUCAAACUGAAGCGCAAAUGGUUCCUGUAGUCUGCAAUUUUUCUGGAAAUCCAUUCAUAUUCCCCCACCAUUUGAAGGGUGUUCAUCCCAAAGUAUAUCGCUAAA